CGAAGCUAUGCUGCUGUUGGUUUAAACCGUCAAUAUUACAGGUAAAUUGUAAUUUAGAAGGCAGAGUUGCAAUGGAGAAUAAUUCAUCUGGACCAAUCUACUACGAAAUCAGUCCUCUUAAGAGUAAACUUGUGCGCGGUUACGGUGCAAUAAGUUUUAUCGUUGCAAUUAUUGCGAUAGUACUCGUGGGAAUUAAGUCAUCAUCAGUUCACCAUGACUUAUAUCUACUUGUCAAUAUUGCAAUAAGUAUCUUCGUAUGUCUUCUGUUAUCCUGGUUUUAUAAAAGAGAAACAGUGGGACAAGGAAAAUGGUGGUUCAUGAUUGUCGUUUUCAGCGCUCUUUUAUACCAAAGCAUCAUUUCUGUUUUAUUUGUAUACUUUCAUGAGCCUUCCUCCAUACCUGCUCACACUGUGGCUGUUGAUCCACAUACCAUAUACGUAAAGCCUCAUACUUUCAAACCCAUUCAUCACUCCCCAAAGGAGAGCAACACUAUCCCUUAACGUUAACAUUCAACUUGAAACUGAACUUACUGGAAGGAGAAAUUGUAAAUAGAUUAUGUCCUGCACUGUUAUACUCAUUCAUUGGAAUUUCCAACCAGGAUUGUUUUAUGGCAUCUAUGGCAUACUGACUGAUCCCCCAAGUAGCAAGCAUCCUUACGAGCUUGGAAAUCUAACAAGUUGACUGGUGUCGACUUCACUACACUUACGUAUCUUGAACAAAACACAGUUUUAAAACGUAUUAUGGUAGCAUCUAUUGGAUUAUCAGAUAGUAAUAAUGAUUUUAUAUUUUUUACAAUGAUACAUACUUAUACAUAUUAUUAUUGUGCAAUAAAGCGAUGUGUAUUUCAUUAUAAAUUUCA